UCGGCGCAUGCGCGGGAUGCGACGUCUCCGGGCGCCGCAUCCCUUUUUGGAGCAGCAAUGGCGGCUCCCUUGGAGUCUCCUGCGGACGAUCCGCUGCGGAGUUUCGUUCGCGUGGUAGAGAAGCGCGAUGGCACCGUCUUACGGCUGCAGCAGUACGGCUCCGGCGGCGUGGGCUGCGUGGUUUGGGACGCCGCCAUCGUCCUUUCCAAGUACCUGGAAACGCCGGCGUUUGCGGGCGACGGGGAUCACGCGCUGAGCCGGCGCUCGGUGCUGGAGCUGGGCUCCGGGACCGGGGCGGUGGGCCUUAUGGCUGCGACCCUCGGGGCAGAUGUUGUAGUGACCGAUCUGGAAGAAUUGCAAGACUUGCUCAAGGUGAACAUUAAUAUGAACAAGCAUCUUGUGACUGGUUCUGUUCAAGCCAAGGUACUGAAAUGGGGGGAAGAAAUAGAAGAUUUUUCUUCGCCACCAAACUACAUACUGCUGGCUGACUGCAUAUACUAUGAAGAGUCUUUGGAACCGUUGUUGAAAACCCUAAAAGAUCUCAGCGGAACUGAUACUUGUAUCAUAUGUUGCUAUGAACAAAGAACAAUGGGGAAAAAUCCAGAAAUUGAGAAAAAAUAUUUUGAGCUCCUUCAACUAGACUUUGACUUUGAAAAAAUUCCUUUGGAAAAACAUGAUGAAGAGUAUCGAAGCGAAGAUAUCCAUAUUUUACACAUCAGAAAGAAAAAAUUGAAAUUUCCAUCAUGAAAUCUUUCACUACCUUACCCAAACCUCCAGCAACCUGGGUAAGAGAAAGGUAUGAAUGGAGCAUGUGCAUACAGUAUCAGCAUGGGAAGAUUAUGCUCACAGAUUUUUUCCAACAUGACUUAGAGAUUCCAUGUAUAGACGACAACCACCAUGGUCUUGCCUGCAGUAUGACAAGUGACUGCCUGCCUGCCAGUGGGUCUGAAAUACAACAUAAUUAGAUCAGCAUCAAGCUCUGCUUAAAAGAAACAUGUAUCAGUCACUCCUCAAAAUAGGUGAUGAGAUUCACGUAAAAUCUGCUAAAACUAAACAGUGAACAGUGAACAGCAUGGUGACUUGGGAUAUUUCCAGGAAAUAAGAGACAACUUAAUUUCUUAAAGAGAAAUACAUUACUCUAUAGUACUGACUAAAUUUAGAUCAGUACAUUUUAGUUUGUAAGAUAUUUAAGAUGAAAUAUCAUGUUCACAUAAUAAAGCAAUAGUAUUUAUCAGAUGUCUAUCUUAUACUUCAUUGCUUUUAAGCAUUCUCAUUGGUUGUAAACAUGUUCAUUUACUUUUAAAACUAAAAGUAUGUGUUGUGUGCCUAAAUUGGCAAAAGUUUCUCUUUUUUUCACUGUACAUGUCUAUGUUCGUUACAUUAUAAUGGGUUGCUUAGAACAAAAGUGAGAAAUUGGCAUCGAAAGGGAGAAAAAUGACUAUAAAAUGUUUUAUUUGAAAAGGGAAAGAGAAAAACUCAUUUUUAGGCUCACAUUUGAAUUCACUUAUCUUCAUGUAUGUCUUUUGGAAAAUCUAACUAAAAACACUGGUAAGUUAAUCUGUUUACAUGGAACAAAAAGGUAUUUUAAUGACAACAGUAGAGUUAUGUAUAUACUUGCCAAACACUGAUAGUUCUGUUUUGUUGUAAUCAUCUGCUCACUUAGACUUAUCUGUGUAGGAUUUCAGACAUAACAUUUCAAAAGAGUAAUAGUACCUGAAAUAGUAAUAUUCUAGUUUUUACAGAUAUUGGUGCUAGUUAGCAAUUUUAUGUGUUAAAAUAAACAUUAUUUUUGAGA